AUGGGGAAAAGCGCUCGAUCAUUUAACCUUGAACUUCUUAAGGAACGCGCCCGUCAGGAGAGGGCUCCACAGCCCUUAACCCUCGAGGACGUCAAGAACGCUCUGAAUAAGGCAGCCUUUGACUCGUACAAGUACACAAUGAGGCUUUGGAAAGAACAAGGACAGAUCAUUGAAUCUGAUGCGUGGCGUCAAUCCAAUGAAGGCCUGCAUUACAGAGAUGUUGAGCUCAUCUACCAGCGUACCGAAACAUACCACGGAUGGCUCCUCUAUGUCAAAUUGAGGAAUCGGAAAGGACAUCGUGAGUACAAGAAGCACGCGCCAACCAUGGUUCUAUACGAAGAGCCGCUCAUGAGAUACAUGUGUCCGGUCACGUGGUUUUUAUCUCUUGCCUUCGCAGAUGGCGUUUUUAGAGAUCUAUCUUCAUACAAAGACCUCAGCAAAGUAGAGCCCCCGCCAGGGAGCUCCCUUUACAGAGCCAAGUACACAGAUGUGGCUUCAGAGCGCCCUAUCAUGCGGAAUGUGCGCGCGGAUGGAACGAUAUCCGAAGACAAAAUCUGGACCUACGACUGCUUCAACUUAGCAUUGAGGGGUACUGGACAAAGAGCUGGCUACAAAGAGAAUCUCAGCGCGUACUGCUUCAGACGCGCCUUUGCGCAUGCCGUACAGAGCAAAGCAACAGCGCCGCAGCUCAGAACGCUGUUAGGGCAUAAAGGCGAAGAGACUGCGCAAUACUAUGUCUCUGGAUUUGUUGGGAUUGACAGCCAGUCAAUCGUUCACGAACGAGAGCAACGCCUCGAACUCUACAAGGAGUCUAGCUCUAUGAUGGCCAAUAGGAAUCUACUAGCACCCAAGCCACAGGGGUCCACACUUAUUCAGCAAUCUUCUGCUAGGACAGGUCAGCUUCUCAAGGCUCUCUCGGCCCUUGGUGAGCAGGAUGUUGAGAUCAUUGCUACGACACAAAUAUCACCAAAACAGGCUUCCAAGCUUAGAAGGCAAUCGCGGAACAGAGCAUACCAGAAAGAUCGAAGGGAUUUCUAUGAGGGCACGGCUAUACCAACCACGCAAAGGGAAUCGACAUCUCCGUCGACAGACAUAUCUCGCGGGCCUUCCCGCUACCUCAUGGCACUACUCAAGUUCGAGCCUGCACGCAAAAGUGUGAUAGAGAUGAUGUUUAGCGAUCAUGACAGUGUGGAUCUGGAGCUGUCUCUUGAUGUUGUUCUUGCGCCACUCAUCCAGCUGGCAAGCCCGGGGAAGAAGCGCUAUGCCUACAAAACUGCAGAGCCUACACCAGACAAUCACUGUCCUGACUGU